CUCAACAGAGUAACGUUGAUCAAUCAUGGUGAUCAGAGGAAGCAGUCAUGGAUGUAAAUAAAGAGCUGAUGAUGGAGGCUGGAGUAGUUUUGAAGACAUGAACGCAGCCUUCAGACGUCCAUGGAGUCGUCUUUUAACGCCGUAGAGCUCAGAGAGCUGCGGGCCGGAAGUGGACGCGGCGUGUCUCCGACUCUGCCAGCAGGUUCCUGGACGGUAACUGCAGCAGGCUGCUCCACCCGAGGGUUCGAGAACGCCUCCUACCAGCAGGAUGAUGAGUACGACUACCAGCAGGGGGCGACAGGGUGUCCACCUUCUACUUCUACCAACAGCAAGGUUGAGCAGCAUCAGGAUCUGGUCUCUCCACGGUCUUACGAUGAGGAGGACGGUGGCGGUGGCCGCCGCGGUCAGGAGGACGGCCAGGACUUCACAGAGUACAGCCCGGCAGACGAUCACUCGGCGGAUUAUGGUUUCAUCUUCGCUCUGGUGUUCCUGGUGAGCGGGAUCGUCCUGGUGGUCAUUGCCUACACCAUCCCCCGGGAAGCCAAAGUGGACCCAAACUCGGUGUCGGCGCGUCAGAUGGAGAAGCUGGAGAUGUACUACGCCCAGCUGGGCUCUCACCUGGAUAAGUGCAUCAUCGCCGGGCUGGGCUUGCUGACGCUGGGCGGGAUGUUCCUGUCCGUCCUCCUCAUGGUCUCCAUCUGCAGGGGCGAGAUGUACCGGCGCAGGGUGGCCUUCGUACGACCCAAGAGAACUUAUGGCUCCAUCAACUUGAGGAUGAAGCAGCUGGCAACGGGGGAGGAUGGGGGAGGGGAAGGCGGGGACGGAGGGGAGGAAUUUCUGGUUGAAAACACUGAGGCGAGGAAUCACACACAGGCGGGACCGAGCAGGAACGCUCUGCCUCCUCCUGCUGCAUCGUCGUCCUUAAAUGCUGGAGUCGUCUAA